AUGAUAGGAAGCUAUCAUAUUCAUGAAAUGCUCAAGUGGAUACUGUUUCUAUGCUUCCUGGUGCAGAUUGAUUGCCGCAUAGGCUGUAAAGGAUUAACAGGAUCUAAAGUUGACUGGUUCAUCGUCUACAAACUACCUGCAGGCGAGAAAAACGCCAACCAAGGAAAAGCUUUUCUCUAUGUGGAUAGCAAGAAUCCCCAGUGGGCUCUGAGCAAAAAAGAUAUCGAAGAUGACUCGGUUGCUGUUGGAGCUACUGUUAAACAAAUCUACAAAAGAGAGCCGACCGCUUUUCAUUUGAUGUACAGUGAUGAUGGUCCUAAUACAAAAGCUGAUAGCUACCGAGGACAUUCGAAAGGAGUUCUUCUGUUCGAUUCAUCCACGGGCUUCUGGUUAGUGCACAGUGCACCGAAUUUCCCACCCACUGCAUCAUAUGCAUACCCUGCAUCUGGAGUAAAGUUCGCACAAACAUUCAUGUGUGUUUCAAUCAACACCAACGACUUAGGUAAUAUUGGAGACCAACUGCGCUUCAUUCAGGCCACACCGUUUGAUCAAAACCUCCCGGCUAAAUUUGCUACUAGAUUCCCCGUGUUGAGAAAUGUUGUCGCAAAACAAUCAUUACCUCAAUCAGCAACUGUGUUCACGUCAGUUAAGCACAUGAAAACUGUUGAUGGAGUGGUCAUUCAUAGCUUCGCCAAGCACAAAAAGUUCCAGAAAGACCUAUGGCACGAUCUCGUAGCACCCGAAAUGGGAACUAACCUGGCAGUUCAAAGUUGGUUGAAUGGAGGAGCAGCGGAUUUACAUUCUGUUUGUACUUCACAGUACAGCGUUUAUGACAUGAAAACCGUAACUGUUCCGGACCUCACUUUUAAUAGCUCAAAAGAUCAUUCCAAGUGGGCUGUUUCUGAUACUGAACGCGUUCCUUUAGUAUGUGUUGGAGAUAUAAAUAGACAAAAAUCACAACUGAGUCGAGGAGGAGGAACUUUGUGCAUACAAUCGGUUCCCUUAUGGAAGACCUAUCGCUCAACAGUUUCAGUUGUUGAGCCUUGUAAAACUAAUGGAAUAGAUCAUUGGAUAUAUUUUCUUGUUAUAUUAGUUACGAGCUUUUUCAUCUUAGGGAUAUGA